CAUGUCUUUAAUCCAUGCAUCAAGGUACCAGGAGAUGUUGCUGUCAAGGAAGCAGAUUCCAAAGAUUCUGCAAGUGAUCUUUCUAAUGAAGUCAAACCACGAGAAGACGAUCAGGAGAGAAGCUUAGUUAAAAGGGAGCUGCAACUGUCAUCAGACUAUGUAUCAGUUGAGAACAAACCGGGGAUCUUAAGGAAUGAUAACGUUGAUUCACACAAUAGUGGCAAUCAAACAAAUUUACAAGACAAAGAAGUCAGCCGUCAAGUUAGCAAAGACCUUCCUGAGUCCAGAGAACAUUCUUUUGACAAACAAACGAAUUCAAAUAACAGUAAUCCUCUUCCGGAUGAGAGUCCUAAGAAGGAGGAGAGCAUUAAAAUUAGAGACCUCAAAUCAAAUGUAAGAGAAAGUGUGCGGCAAACUAGUUCUCUAUCAUCAAGAUCCAUGAAAAGCUUUCUUUCAAAGCAAAAAUCAAAGCGUUCAAAGAGAAGCAGACUGCAGGGAGAGGCGAAAUAGUAAAGAGCAAUAGCUGCGAAGACUGAAGGGAUGGAUGAACGGGACAACUCUGCCACAGAACAAACAUAAAGCUCGUUUCCCGAGCACUAUUCUGAUAAAUGGGAAUUCAUCAAAAGGGAAGCCGUUAUUAUUCAUACAUAUUUUGCUCACCGUUAGGCCAAAGAAACAUACCUUUAAAGAAAUAUCACAAUUUGAUGACAGUAAAGUAAAAGAUAAACCUACCUUUUAAAGGUCGAGUAUUGUGUUAAGACAACAAGCAGGCACUUUGUUAUGUCCUCGGUGACAGUACAAUGACUGCGGGCAGUCAUAUAGUCUUCAUUUUCACUGGCAGGUUGUAAUGACAGUAUAAACAUUUGUGGUUGGUGGUACACUGGUGAAGUAUUUGCGUGUGUCUUUUUCUAUGUCAAAGUUACUAGGCCAACGGUUCCUUGGCAUAGAACUUCAACAAAUGUCCAAAUUGUUUCAUAGAGUUCUGACACAGUUUCAGCUCAAGCGAACACUGGAUAAUGUUUCAGUAUUUUGCUAGUUACUGCUUCUUCACAGAUAGGGCCACUGGGCGGAGGGAGGGUCAGUUCCUGGACAUCGGAGGAUAUUAUUUAUUUGUGCUAUAACUUGUAUUGUGACUGUCACAUAAUACUUUUAUGUUGUUUUACUUAAUUAAUGUUAGGGAUCUGAGUAAGGUUUGAAGGAAUGUUUCGACAGAAUUUAUUAUCUAAAUAAUCUGUCAGUUUCUUGCAUCGGUUUGUCAUAUAAGUUCAUCGAUCAUUUGUGCAUUUCAUUUCAAUUCAAUCCAUUUCACUGUAUUCGUUGUGCUUUAAAAGCUACGCGUAAACAGAACUAGCUUCAGUUAUUAUUUUUAAGAAUAAAGGUAUCAACGAAAGUGUUCUCGUA